AUGGAUUGUGAGGAUAUUGAUUUUAAUCGAACAGAACAGAUUACCUCUUGGUUAACGAAUAAUGAACAACAGGAAUAUCAAUCGAAAACAUUACCAGAUAAAAAUAAUGGACGAUUUGCUUAUUUACCAUUAUUUCCAACAAAAUCGGUCGGUAUAGAUGAUUGUUUACUUUUGACUAAUGUGCCAGGUUCGUAUUUUAACGUGUAUCCACAAGAAAUAAUUUUAUUUACAUGUACCAGAUCGAAUAUAGUCUAUGCUAUGACAUGUCCAUGUGGCUAUUAUGAUUAUAUUAAUUCAACAGCAAAAACAUUGACUGAUGCAAUGGCAUAUCAUCGGAAACAUGGCAAUCGUAUUAUCCAUGAAAAAUUAACGGGUAGUGCACUCUUUCGAGGUUCAUUACUCGAUCCAGAGGAACAAGAAAAAGAUAUGGCUAAUAAGAUGCGUCUCUAUCAACAUUCAGCGCGAUGUCCAGUAGCACUUCGUGCAUUUCUAGAUUGCAAUCCAAUCUAUUGGUGUUUUAUUCCUCUAUAUUGGAAAGAUGCACUAUCAGACAAUACGACUUAUUACCGAGGACCUACUAUGAGAGAUCCUAUACUGGCAAAUGUAGUGGCCACAACUGCUAUACAUAGCCAUCGCUUGGCUCAAUAUCUCGAUCGUGUACCUUUACCACCAGCUGCCUAUGUCUUUUCAUAUCGACAACUACAAAAACAACGUAUAUUUUUCGAACGUUUUGUCAAUUCUUCUAUUCACGAAUUACCCUAUGCUGUAUUGGAUUUAUAUAAAAUGGCGAUUAUUACGAUUCUACCUGAUGAUCAUUCUAUUCUAUUACGUUAUAUUAUUGAAACAUUGUUUAUUAUACAUGAUGAAACUAAAUUAAAUAUGAUUUGUCCAAUUGGUAGCGAUGUUGAGCGACGUUAUGGUCCUCCAUACAAUUCUGUUUGGUGUGCUAAUUUGAAUUAUUCAUCGAUAUGA